AGUUUGAAGAUAUCAAUUUUUGUAGAGAAAAAAUGUAUUUCAAGUAUACAAUUCUGUUAUGUUUAUUUUAUUUUUAUGUAAUAAAAAUCAUCUGUACGGAAAGUACGUCAAAACUACAACAACUUGAAGGGGAAAUGUCCACCGAAGAAGAAAUAUUAGAUACACCACAAUCGAUGCCCAAAACUGUCGUGGCACCAGAGCAAAAGCCCUUGAUGAUUCAAUUGUUAGCAUUAUCCGUAGCAAUGGCACGUAGAGCUGGCGAAAUUAUCCGAGAUAUAACGCUGAAUGGCAAGAUGCAAGUAGUUUAUAAGAAAGAAAAUGAUCCUCAAACUAUAGCUGAUAGAUCAGCUCAGAGAUCUAUAUUAGCAUCUAUUAAAAGACAUUUUCCGAACAUCAACGUAGCCGCAGAAGAAACUGAUGAAGAAAGUUUGGACACAAAUGUUCCCGACGAAUGGUUGGUAACUGAACUUGAUUCGACAAUUAUGGAAUUAGAAUGUCCACAAGAAUUAAGGAAUAUCACAGAAGAGCAAGUAACAUUUUGGAUUGAUCCGCUGGAUGGAACUUCAGGGUAUACCCAUGGCCACAUAGAUCAUGUGACUGUAUUAAUUGGAAUUUGUGUGGAUGAAGAGGCAAUAGCCGGUGUAAUCCACCAACCAUAUCACAUAGAACGUCGAACACUAUGGGGAUUGGUUGGCUAUGGAUUUGGAGGUUUUGAAUUACAAGAACCACCCACCAAGACAGUGUACGUGACCACUAGCAGUGUUUAUAGUACCGAACUUGCAACGUUUUUAGAUAGUCUAGAAAAACCGUGUGUUAUCGAGAAUGCCAUAGGAGUUGGUUACAAGGUUGUUUAUAUUUUGGAUGGAAAAGCGAUAGCAUAUGUUCAUCCUACUUCUAUAAGUAAUCGAUGGGACACAGCAGCACCAGAAGCUGUGCUAAGAGCAGCAGGUGGCCAAUUAACAGACAGAUAUGGCGAUAAAUAUUGUUACAGCUAUAACAACAAAAUUGAUCCUUUAAACAAACACGGAAUCAUUGCUACUGGCCCAAAAUUGAAUCAUGGAGAGUUUAUGGAACAGAUUAAAGCUAUAAAUUCAAAACAAAUGGCAAGUCAGAAAAUAAUUGAAGGUGAACUCUCCUCCGAAGAAGAAAUAUCAGAUUAACGUUAAUAAAUAUCAGCUAGAAUUCAAUUAAACCAUAUUAUUAUUAUAUUUAACAUAAAGUUUUAUUGCCUGAUUUGCCAUUUAUUUAAUAUUAUUUAUCAACGGUACUUAACGUAUUGUUCUAUAAUAUAAAUAACAUACAU